ACGUUUGCAAUCAAAACACCCCCGGCCACAAGUUGAUUCGUUCCAUCUCCGAACAUUUUCAUUGCCAUUCGAAAUCGCCUUCGGAACACAAGAAAAGGAUCAAAUCAACGAAGUGUGUACUUUGCGUUCAGUUAAAAAAACAAAAAAAAAAAAAACAAAAGACCAUCGACGGAGUUAGAGAUCCUAGUCGUCAUGAGUAGCUUGACGGAACAACACACGACCGGACCAUCGGUGAUCACGACGGGCAACAAGUCGAGAGUUUACACGAUCGACGACAUUCUCGGCCGUCGUUCCUCCAACGUCGAGCCCAUCGUUCCCGCCAAGCGUAUUGAGCAACAAGUCAAUUCGUCGAAAUCGAGCGAUGAUGAUGAAUCUCUGGUUAUGGACGAAGAAGAAGAGGACGCCAUCUAUCCCUCAAAGUUGAGAGACGGAUCGCUGGACGAGAUCGACUUGUCCGUGUCAUCGGCGGAGAAACCGGGCGGCCGUAAAGUGCGUCGGACGCGGACGACAUUCACGACGUUCCAGCUGCACCAACUGGAACGCGCCUUCGAGAAGACGCAGUACCCAGACGUCUUUACCCGCGAAGAGCUGGCCAUGCGUUUAGAUCUCAGCGAAGCUCGCGUUCAGGUUUGGUUCCAAAACCGACGGGCCAAGUGGCGCAAGAAGGAAAAGACCAUCGGCGCCGAAUCGCCAACUUUCAGCGCAUCUCAUUUACUCGAUCGCCUAUCCAGCUUGGCUGAUGGAGAUUUGCAACACGCUGGAACACGCUCCAAUCAGCACGACGUGUGGAAUCAAGUUGGGCAUCAACAGCCACAACAGCCAUCGCAUCCUUCCCUCAAUCCAUUCCUGGCCAUGCGCUUGCCUCACGGCAAUUUAUUCCCAUACGCCGGACAUCCGACCUACGCGGCCCAUCCGGCCGCUCUCGCCGCCCAUCACGCAGCGGCCGCGGCAGCCUGGAACAAUUUGAAGCAGAACGGCAGUCCCGUGGCGGCUGCGGCCGCUGCCGCCGCCGCUGGAUUCCAACCGCGUUACUGGCUCCAUCCGCAUUGGCCAGCCCACGCCGGUGUCUUCGAUCCGAUCGGUUUGACAGCCCACCCGGAAGCUAGUUCCUCUCCGCCCCAACAAUCCGAUUACACGUCGUUCAUGCUGCAGUCUCAACAGCAGUUUCAAAACCCCCAUCACCACCAUCAUCUUCAGCUUCAUCAACACACAUCGCCAGACUGCCGAUCGUCGGUGAACAGCAGCCCGACAUCAUCCGUGCAAGGCGGAGAUUCACCCACUCCGGAAAUGGAGAACGGAAGCGACAAGAUGGCCAACAGCGUCGAUAAAACCAUUUUGGAUUUGCGAGUGAAGAUCGCCGGAGCUAAAGACGCGUCUCCGUAGAUUUUUUUUUUUUUUUUUUUUGAAGUCCGUGACGCAAUCAUCGAAAAAAAAAGAAAAUGAUGUUGUUAGCUAAUAGGUUUCCCUUCAUUAAACCAUACAUCCUUCUGCUCCCCACAGCUUCGUUUACACCGUGUGUUAUGUACCUAUACGUUUGUGUUUCAAAACCCCCUCCUUGAAUGGUGUCUGUACAAAUCGACCCCCCCCCUCUACAAUAGAAUAUUUAAAAAAAAACAACAAACAUCAAAAACAAAGAAAAAAAGCAAAAUUAAAAAAUAUAAGAGAGUAAUGACAUUAAUUAUUAUUUUCGUAGGUUAUUACGCCUACUGGCCUAAAAUUGAUUCGCUUGGCUUGGUGAUCUACAUUAAAUUUUAGCUGAUUUUCGAAUUGAUUUCAGUGAUCCCUGUCCUUCAUUUUUUGACAUGUUCGUUGUAUGUUUUUCGUGUGUGUGUGUGUUGGUUGAAUUAAAGAAUAACCUUACCAAAA